AUGGCUCCGCGAGGUUGGCUGCGUUCCACCCUACCCCGGAGUGUUGGCAGCAACGGCCCCCGGGCCCGCAGGCUCUCUGGGCCUCUCUGGUUGCUCCUCUCGCUGGGCGUCUUUGGCUGGGCCAGGGCUUCGGACGGCGCCGGCCGAGUGGUGAGAGCCAUGGAUGAGGAGAUCGUGUCCGAGAAGCAAGCUGAGGAGAGCCACCGGCAGGACAGCGCCAAUCUGCUCAUCUUCAUCUUGCUGCUCACCCUCACCAUUCUCACGAUCUGGCUCUUCAAGCACCGCCGGGCCCGCUUCCUUCACGAAACCGGCCUGGCAAUGAUUUAUGGCAAGUGCCUCAUCCCCGUGGCCGCCCGCUGGCAGCCUGGUCUCCCCCGGUCCUGCUGGGCCUAUGUGGAGUUCUAA